AUGGGACGGCUUAUGAAAGCGGAGAAAUAUUUUCAUCCGUUACUUAAAACAUUACCAAAUGAUCAUGAAAGUCUUUCUGCUGUGUACAAUCAAUUAGGUAACGUAUAUUACCGAAAAGGUGAAGUAUAUUUAGCACUAGAAAAUUCUCUACGCGCUUACGAACUACGUCAGAGACUUUUGCGUUCUGGUCAUCCUCAUUUAGCUGGUUCGUUAAGCAGUCUUGGAGUUUGUAGAAUGAAUAAUAGUCAAAUGGCUUCUUCAACGAAAUUGAUUGAUGCUAAACCUAAUGUUUUUAAUGAACAAAUCGUUGACGAUUUUAUUAAUAAUGAAAUUGAACAAGGUUUUCCCGGCGCUGCACUGAUCGUAAUUCGAUAUGGUAAAAUACUGAAACAAACCGUUUACGGUUACAAAUUAAAAUAUAAUGAAAAUGGGACAUUGAUAGAACAACCAGAAUUGUUAACAUUAGAUUCAAUGUUUGAUUUGUCAUCAUUAACUAAAAUGUAUGCAACAAAUUAUGCUCUUAUGCAUCUAAUAGAGCAAGGAAAACUCAGCGUUGAUGAUCAAGUUACAAAGUAUAUACCAGAAUAUUCUGGAUGUAAUCCUGAGAAUGAAUGUCGUGAAACAAGAUUAAUAAAAGAUCUAUUGACACAUACAGCUGGAUAUGCUCCAAGCGUUGAGUUUUACGAUCCGAAAUUAGUUUCACCAGAUUUAUACUCUCAAGAUAAGGGUAGAACAGAGCAAAUUAUUGAAACAAAAUUAGGAUUUCAAAAAGCAAGAGAUGGUGAUCAAUUACCAGUUUAUUCUGAUAUUGAUUAUAUGCUAUUGGGUCUAAUUGUGGAACGUAUAAGUGGAAUGUCAAUUGAUCAAUAUGCAAAGAUCAACAUUUAUCAACCACUCGGUUUAACACGUACAUUAUUCAAUCCUCUAAUUAAUACAAAUUAUAAAAAAGCUGAUUUUGCUGCAACUGAAUUGAACGGUAAUACACGUAAUGGUACAAUCAUGUUUCCCAAUGUGCGUACACAUGUAUUACAAGGCCAAGUUCAUGAUGAAAAAUCAUUUUACUCAAUGAAUGGUUUAUCAGGACAUGCUGGUUUGUUUUCAAAUUUAAAUGAAAUGGCAAUUCUAUGUCAAAUCAUGUUAAACAAUGGUACAUAUGGAAAUAUUCAGUUUUGGAAGAAAAAUGUGCAGGAUCGAUUUCUAAUGCCGUAUGCAUGUGAUCCAUCCUACGGAUUGGGAUGGCGGCUAAAUUUUAACAAAUCUCUACCAUGGUUCGGUCUGCAUGCAUCCGAUGAGGCCUACGGUCAUACAGGAUGGACAGGAACAUGCUCCGUUAUUGAUCCAAAGUAUUCAAUGGCAAUUAUUUUAUUAACCAAUAAACGACAUACACUAUGUAUCAAUGGAACCUUUGAUGGUGAAAAGUACGAGACAGGAAAAUAUGGAAAAAUAGUGACCCUGGUCUACGAGUCAAUUGUAUUAGAAGAUUCCGUCAUCUCAUUCGAUUUCCAACGAUAUAUAAGUAAAUCAUUUGAAAACAUGGAAAAUAAUUUUAUGAAAUACGAACGUGAUUCAAUUAAAAUAGAAAUGAUUAUGAGAAAAUUUUUUGAUAAAAGCGAUAACGAUGAAGCAUUUAUUAAAGAAGAAUUAAUAUCAGAAGUAGAAACACUGGUGCCGACAUCGGAAAAUAUACCAAAUACUAUGUAUAAAAAACGUUCACGUAUCCAGUACACAAAACAACAGUUGGAUAUUCUUGAAUCGACGUUUCAACUUCAUCAUUAUCCAACUGUUGAUAUGGUCGAUAAUACAGCUGAGAGACUGACAUUACCAACAGAAAAAAUUUCCGUAUGGUUUCAAAAUCGUAGAUCGAAAUUGAAAAAAGAAUUAAAAUAUUCAAAAGUUUCCAGUCGAGAAAAUCAACAAUUAGUACGUUUUAUUCAUACAUCUAUAAACAAAAAUCUCGGUCGAAAAGUUCGAAAAAAAUCAAAGUUGUCCAAAAAUUCUACAACAUACAUUAGUCAAUUUAAUGUUAGAAAUAUUCAGGUGCAUUCUGAAGAUUGCAAAAGUGUUCAUUUGUUCAAUGUAAUUCAAUCAACGGAAAUAUUAUUAAAACAGACUAUAAAAAAGGUCCAUCGAUCUACAAUUUAUUUUGUAAAAUAUUUUCUUUGUGUUUUAGACACCAAUAAGAAAAUCGAUAAAAAUGUAGAAGAAAUAAAGAAAGAAUUAGCACAUUUAGUUGAUGGUGUUUUCUAUAUAUCUGAAACAGAUGCACCAUUUGAAUUAUUAAAUGUACCUGAUAAUCGUUUGUAUCGAAAUGUUGAUGAUGUAUUGAAUUACUUUCAUCCCAACUAUAAACAGUUAACAAACGAAGAAAUACCAUUAGACAGAUUAUUUUCGAAUCACGUUGAUCCAGUAACAUAUGAAACAUACCGGCCAAUAAAAGAAUAUUUACAGAAAUAUUUACAUGAUAUCCAUAUAGUUCGUAUUGGUGAAAUUAAAAUUGAUAUUUAUAUUAUUGGCUCGGCAAGAACAGCAGCAAAUGAUAAAAACAAAUGGAUUAUAUUGAGAACCUUGGCUGUUGAAACAUAA